CAGUUUCUCCCCUCACUGUCUCGGCCUGAGGCUGUUCUGUUCAUCAAUGACCACCGGGUAAUUCACAUGAGCGUAAUUAGUUUUUACCUGAUAAAAUGAACGUGCCCCAGGAGGAGUUGAUGAGUGACAUUUUGAGGCGUGUGACUGGCGAAUCGGCGCUCCCGGUUUACAGCAACGUCGAGAAAUUCAAACGCGUCAACGACGGCUAUGUAGUUGCUGAGGACUUACAUGAAAGUGUGAGGAAAAGAGAACAGGUCAAUGCUAAGGAGCGGCUUCGGAUACGGAACCUUAACACCAUGUUCUCACGCUUGAAGCGAAUGGUACCGCUGAUGCGACCUGACCACAAGCCCAGCAAAGUAGACACUCUUAAAGCUGCAACAGAGUACAUUCGAUUACUACUUGCAGUUUUGCAAGACACAGAAACGACUGAGAGCAGUGAGACCGAUUUCCUAAACAAUGCGAUCUCCUUUGGUCAAUCAGAAGGCUUUGACAGUGAUCUUUGGAGAGUGGAUGAUUUUCUGAAUAUGUCAGAGGACCAUGCUGAAGAAGGCUUCACCAUGCCCUCUGAAUCAGGAACAGAAGAUGGAGAUCAGACCAGGCUGGUCUUCCAACAUUGUGCGAUGCCUGCAUACCAGCUCAUCAUUCAAGUAGCACCCGACCAAUCUUUGGGUUCGAUCCUAUGAAGAAAAUCAUUCACGAAGAUCAAAGAAUGUGCUUAUUUAUUUUUAUUUUAUUUUUGAAAGUAGUAUUAGUUUGUUGUAAUUGGUCACUACUAUGGAAAAAAAUAAUUUCACUAAAUGUGACCUUGGUAAUGUUUAUUAUAUACAACUUGAAUUGAUUUGCCAUGAUAGCAAAUCUUUAAGUUUGGUACUUGGUGUACCAUGUGCAAGUUACUUGGGGGAAAUUCAUUUAAAUAUAUACAUAUAUAUUUUUGGCUAUUUACACCAUUGUUUCUGAAGUGCUGCACUCCUGCCACAGUCAAGGUUAUUUGAGCAAAAUAAAAAACAUAAAAAAGCCAUGAGGAAAUUACUACAUUACUUAAAAUAAAAAUAACAGCAUAUUUCUUUUUGACCAUUGUCAAAUAUUACUACAGUAUGUCCCGGAAUUUAUUUUUGAUUCAUUACAAACUGUAAAAAAACGAAAUAUGUUAUGAAUUAGAAUGGGGACAAUAAACUAAAUCGAAUAGGAAUCAAUUUUAACUAUUUUAAUAAUGUAGUCAUAGUUUGGGGGUGGCAUAGUGGGCAACUGGUUAGCCCAUCUUCCUCACAGUGCUGACGUUGUGGGCUGAAUUCCGGGUCCAGUCUUCCUGCGUGGAGUUUGCAUGUUCUUCAGAGUACUCCGGUUUCCUCCCGCAUCCCCAAAACAUGCACAGUAGCCUGAUUGACCACUCCAAAUUUGCCGUAAGUUUGAGUGAGAGUGGUUUUGUUUGUGUACCCUGCAAUUGGCUGGCAACCACUUCAGGGUAUCCUGAAGUCAGCUUGGAUGGAUCCAGUGCGCCUGUGACCCUCGUGGGGAAAAAGUGAUAUAGGAUUGUUAGGAUUGUCCCCUGUCAGCCUCUCAGCUGUUAUUAUUCAUUAAUUUUUGUAGUCCUUCAUAAAACAAAGCAUUCAUUAUGUUUCACUACAACAAGACAUUUGCACACACACACUUUUACUUUGUUUUAAAUUUUUAUUUUGUUUUGAAUUUAAUUUAAGCUGUAUUGUAGUUCCAUCAGAACAAUUGGGGUCAGAAAUUACUGGACAAUCAUGAACGAAAAAGUUAUUUCGUUUGCACAUGAUUCAGAAUAUACCUUAGUCGUCAAAAGUAUUCAAAAAAUGUUUUAACGCAUUUUGAUCAUGUGCACUAGAUGUACCUGUAAUGUCAGAAUGAAGUACAUCCAUUUGAAAGCGCCCCCCCCCCCCCCUCCAAUGUACAAUAUGUAACCUGUAGAUUUGUGCACACCAUAAAUGUGACUCUGAAGCCUUAUUUUCAGAUCGUGGGAAUUUCUUGACAUGAAUUAGGAAAAUAUAUUGCACUUUAAAUGUGUAUUCACCUUGCAUUUGUCAACGACAUGUAAAUGACUCAUGCAGGCCACUUUGAAGGAGCAUGUUUUUGCAUAUCGUACUUCGAAAAAUUGUAUGAAAGUAAUUUAAUUAGAAUACAAUGCUCAUAACAAACCCAGUGCAAAGAGAAUAUAAAUAAUACAAUUUCAUUAUCUGAAAUAGUAGGUUUAGCAAUACUCUCUCUACUUACCGUAUUUUCUGGACUAUAAAUCACUCGGGAAUACAAGUCGCACCAGCCAUAAAAUGCAUAAUA